GCGGGAGCACCGCGGGGGUUGCCCAAGAUGGCGGCGCAGAGGAGGAGCCUGCUGCAGAGUGAGCAGCAGGCAAGCUGGACGGACGACCUGCCGUCUUGCCACCUCUCCGGCGUUGGCUUGGCCUCCAACCGCAGCUACUCUUCCGAUGGCAAGGGCAUCGAAAGCCACCCUUUGGAGGAUAACUGGCUCAAGUUCAGGAGCGAGAACAAUUGCUUCCUGUACGGUGUCUUCAAUGGCUACGAUGGCAACCGAGUGACCAACUUCGUGGCCCAGCGGCUGUCGGCAGAGCUCCUGCUGGGCCAGCUGAACGCUGAGCACACCGAGGCCGACGUGCGGCGGGUGCUACUGCAGGCCUUCGACGUGGUGGAGAGGAGCUUCCUGGAGUCCAUCGAUGAUGCGUUGGCUGAGAAGGCGAGUCUCCAGUCUCAGCUACCAGAGGGUGUCCCCCAGCACCAGCUGCCUCCUCAAUACCAGAAGAUCCUGGAGAGACUCAAGGUGCUGGAGAGGGAGAUUUCGGGAGGCGCCAUGGCCGUGGUGGCAGUUCUUCUCAACAACAGGCUCUAUGUGGCCAAUGUUGGUACAAACCGGGCACUUCUGUGCAAAUCCACAGUGGAUGGGCUGCAGGUGACCCAGCUGAACAUGGACCAUACCACCGAGAACGAGGAUGAGCUCUUCCGCCUUUCCCAGCUGGGUUUGGAUGCAGGAAAGAUCAAGCAGGUGGGGGUCAUCUGUGGGCAGGAGAGCACCAGGCGCAUCGGGGAUUACAAGGUCAAAUAUGGCUACACUGACAUUGACCUGCUCAGUGCCGCAAAGUCCAAGCCCAUCAUCGCUGAGCCAGAAAUCCACGGUGCACAGCCGCUGGAUGGGGUGACCGGCUUCCUGGUGCUGAUGUCCGAGGGGCUCUACAAGGCCCUGGAGGCAGCCCACGGGCCCGGCCAGGCCAACCAGGAGAUCGCCGCGAUGAUUGACACUGAGUUUGCCAAGCAGACCUCUCUGGACGCAGUGGCCCAGGCUGUGGUGGACCGGGUAAAGCGUAUCCACAGUGACACCUUUGCCAGUGGGGGGGAGCGCGCCAAGUUCUGCCCACGACACGAGGACAUGACCUUGUUGGUGAGGAACUUCGGCUACCCACUGGGAGAAAUGAGCCAGCCCACAGCGUCCGCAGCCCCAGCUGCAGGGGGCCGUGUGUACCCCGUGUCUGUGCCCUACUCCAGCACCCAGGGCACCAGCAAGACCAGCGUCACCCUGUCCCUCGUCAUGCCGUCCCAGGGCCAGAUGGUCAACGGGGCCCAUAGCGCCUCCACCCUGGACGAAGCCACCCCCACGCUCACCAACCAGAGCCCGACCCUGACCCUGCAGUCCACCAACACGCACACGCAGAGCAGCAGCUCCAGCUCCGACGGGGGCCUCUUCCGCUCGCGGCCGGCCCACUCGCUCCCGCCGGGGGAGGAUGGCCGCGUGGAGCCCUACGUGGACUUCGCGGAGUUCUACCGCCUCUGGAGCGUGGACCACGGCGAGCAGAGCGUGACCACGGCGCCGUAGCCUGCGCGGGGCGCGCAGCCGAGCCAGCCCAUGCGUGGGGCGCGUGGAGGACGUGGGGGGCGGCCCUGGCGCCAGGCCAGGCGGGCGAGCCUGUGCUGGGGGCCGGCGGACGCCCCACCUCAUGCACCAGGCUCCGCCCACGGCACUGACGGGUACAGACUUGGAGGCCUGCGUGUACCCGGCCCCCACGCAGGCUGGUAGCCCCCCCCCCCCCCCCGGGCGGCCCCGGCCAGGGCCGUGCUGUCCAAGCACCGAAGCGGCGGCUGCUCUGCGGGCCACCGUGGGCUCCUUUCGCCUGUGUGACACGUGGGCCCACAGUGCCACCGGCCAGACGGACUGCUUCCUCAAGGCCCGAGCAGCCCCUGGACGCGGCGGGGCCCCCUCGCCUUUGACUGGUGUGCCCCCAGGCUCUGGGCCUGCAGCCCCUGUGCCCAUCGAUGCCUGAGCCAACGCAGGACGGGGUGAUGUUCUGGAAGGCCGGAGGACUGGAGCAGAAGCACUGGGCCCGGAGCCCGUGGAACAGGAUGCCGGUGGCUGGGCAUCCCCAGGGGCACAGGGGGCGGGCUGGCCCACCCAGCCGCUGCUUCUGCAGGCCCUGGGAGCCCCAGCAGCGAGUGGCGAGGACAGGACGGGGACAGCUGCGGGGGCGGGGGGGAGCAGAGCUGGCCCUCUGGGCUGCGGGCCGCGUGGGACAGGAGAGACCGGGCUGUGUCUGUGGGGGAAGCGGGUCCUUGGAGUCCUGGCCGACACAAAGCCCAGGGGAGGGGGCGGGCCAGCCAGGUCCCCAGCUAGAUCCCUCACGGAGCCCGCUUUCCUGGGGUCCACAGAGGAGGCAGAGGCCGCUCCUUGCUUGUGGCCCCCGUGCGGGGUGUGGCUCGCAGGAGCCCGCUGCCUCCCCUGCCCCGUCCCCUUCCCCACCGUCCGUCAGGCCACAGUGCUGUCCUUGCUGUGUGCGAAGCCAGAGGCCAGCUCCAGACCCGUCCUGCUCGCACUGGCCCGAAGAGCCCGGCCCCAUGCAGUACGGGGGGGGGGGGGGCGCAGAGCGGAUGACAGCCCCCCGCCCAGCUGCCAUGGGACUGUCUCAGGUGAUCUGGGGAAUGCCCAGCGCUCUCACUCUAGAAAUGGAGCCGUGUUUGUUGUUGAUGCAAUAAGGAAGCCAUGGUAUUCUCCGCCAUCCUCAGUGUCUCCUUCUGCAGGCCGCGUGC